AUGAGUGUACAUUGGAAUUGGGCUCGAACAUUUUAUUGUCGACCUCGUCUAUAUGUUGAACCAAAAUCCAUUGAUUCUCUUCGAACAUUAUUAAAUGAAAUCAAUGAAACCAAAUCAAAAGUUCGUGUUAUUGGCUGUGGACAUUCACCAUCAUCACUUUCAAUGUCAAAUGAAGUUUUAAUAUCAAUGAAAUAUUUUAAUAAAAUUCUUGAAAUUGAUGAAAUCAAUCAUGAAAUACAUUGUGAAAGUGGUGUAUUAAUACGUACACUUAAUGAAAUUCUUCCACAACAUAAUCUUUCAUUAACAGUUCAAGGUUCUGUCAAUGAAUUAACUAUAGGUGGCGUUAUUUCUACAGCUACUCAUGGAUCAGGAAUUAAAUAUGGUUCAAUAUCAUCUUAUGUUCGUUCGAUAACUUUAAUGAAAUUAAAUGGAGAUAUAAAAGAAUAUUAUUUAGAUGAUGAUGAAGAUUUAUUUCGUUGUUUAACAUGUUCUUUAGGAACAUUUGGAAUCAUAAUAAGUGUUCGAUUACAAGUUUCACCAUUAUUUUAUUUAGAAUUAAAUCAAAAACCAUUAGAAUUUCAUACAUUUUUAAAUACAUUAUCUAUUCAUUAUGCAUCAUCAGAUCAUUUUCGUUAUAUGUGGUAUCCACAUACAAAUUCCGGUAUUGCUUAUCAUUUAAAUCGAGUGAAUCCAAGAUUAAUUACUAAUAAUAAAAAAUCAAUUUUUUCAAGAAUUAUUUCUUGGUUUAGUAAUUCAUUAAUUGGUCAUCAUCUUUUAGAAUUAUUAUUUUAUUUUUCAUUAUAUUUUCCAAGUUUAGUUCGACGUAUAAAUAGAAUGUAUGCUAAAUUAGAAGGAAAAACUCUUCAUAAAAUUGAUCGUUGUGAUAAAUUAUUUAAUUUUGAUUGUUUAUUUCGUCAAUAUGCAAGUGAAUGGGCUAUACCAUUAGAUCAAGCUGUUUCAUGUCUUACUGAAUUAGAACAAUCGAUGGAACAAUAUAAAAAUGUUCAUUUUCCAAUUGAAAUACGUUUUAGUAAAGACGAAGAUUUAUCCUAUUUAUCACCAGCUUAUGGACGUAAAACAUGUUGGAUAAAUACCGUUGCUUAUAGACCCUAUGGAAAAAUUCAUUAUCAACAUCGAUCAUUUUUUCAAGCAUUUGAACAUAUUUGUCAUAAAUAUAAUGGAAGACCACAUUGGGCUAAAGAACAUCCAUUAAAAAAUGAAGAUUUUGCUCAACUUUAUCCGAAAUGGAAUUUAUUUAAAGAAAAACGAGAAGAAUUUGAUCCAAAUAAUUUCUUAAUAAAUGACUGUUUGAAAAAUGUUUUCCUUAACUAA